AUGGACGCCUCCUCCCUCCGCAUCUCCAAGUUCGAUGGAACUAACUUCCACGCCUGGAAGUUCAAGAUGCAGAUGGUGCUGGAGGAACGGGACCUAUGGGAGGUCGUCAGCGGUGAGAUCAAGGCGGAACAGUGCGAGACUCAGUUGGACCAAGCGACGUACAAGAGGAAGUCAAGAAAGGCGAUGGCAGUGAUCUGUCUAGCCAUGGAAGAUUCCCAGCUACCGUUGGUCCGGUCGGCAAGUGGUGCAUGCGACGCAUGGUCAAGGUUGGAAGACCACUUCGAGAAGAAGAGUCUUGCCAACAAGCUGUUCUUGCGCCGUCGCUUCUUCACGACAAUGAUGGAAGAAGGCGACGAUGUACUCGAACACAUCAACAAGCUCAAGACGCUGGCGGAACAGCUAGAAGCGGUGGGGGCUCCAGUCUGCGAGGACGAUCUGGUGAUCACACUCCUCGGCAGCCUGAGUGACUCGUAUCAAUUCUUGAUCACAGCUUUGGAGUCGCGCUCAGACACUCUUAGCUGGGAGCUCGUGACGUCUCGACUGCUUCAUGAAGAAAUGAAGCGGAAGGAGCAAGGAAGUAAAGGUGAUGAAGCUUCGCAAGGUCAAGCGUUCAUCACAAGGGACAAUCAGCGCAAAGGGAGACCAGUGAAGAAGUCCUGGCCGUGCCAUAAUUGCGGAAAGAUUGGUCACUGGAUGGCGGAGUGCCCCUCGCGCAUCCAAGAAAACACGGAGAGACACCGGCCACAGCGUGCUCAAGACAGCGGCGACCGCUAUCGAUCACAACGUGCAAACGUCGCUCAAGAAGAAGACUCGGGCUGA